AUGCUGACUACGAGUAGGUUCCCAAGAUCAGCAUCUGCCUAUGAGAACACUGCCACGUCAUUCGAUGAUGAAUUCGACGACGAGAUUCCUGGUUUUUCAGAAGAUACUGGUGUCAAAAAAGCAGAAGACGUUGAGAAGGAGACACUGGAGGUAAACAUUCCAAGGGACCAAGAUCAGCCAAAUGGGAUGGCGUUUCGAAUGGUUGGAAGUAGAAGUCGUGGCAUAUUCAUAGAUUAUGUUCAUUCCGAUUCUCCACAGUUUGGCUAUAACUCGGCUCAAAAUUAUCCAAACGUACAAAACUUUGUGUUUUGGGAACAAGAAAUUUUUUCCAUAAUACAUAGCUUGUCUUCGGUACUUAAAAAUGAAAAAAUUAUGAAAAAAUUUUGUUCCCAAAAUACAAAGUUUUGUAUAUAUGUUAGUAAACUUCUACGAGAGGGCGACAAACUUCUCCGAUGUAAUAAGAUAUCAUUACGAGCUGUAUCAGCUGAUCAAGCAGCGAGUAUCUUCCGGUUUUGGAUGAAUCGCACGGAUUCCUUAACACUGACUGUGGAAAGAAGAGCAGACGGAGAGAAUGUGAUGUUGAGACGCAGGAGACAAGCGAGGUUAUCAAUGUGCAAUGAACAAAGAGAACAGACAAGACACGUCGUAUCAGGAAGAGCAACUGUACGUCUGACGUCUUCUAAAUCGGCAGAAGUAUUCCGUUGUAACGAUGAAGCUCACGUUGGAGUUUCUUCUUUUCGUCAAAGAUUUCCAAAAUAUGAAUCCUUUGAUACUUCACCUUCCAAAACUAUAUGCCCACACUGCAAUGCUCAAACAAGACUGCUUUAUCUUCAUCAAUUUUCACACGGAGUCGUCAACAAUGCAUUCCGAUUUUUGACUGUAUCACGAUCAAGUUAUUCACUUCUUUGA